UUAUAAAUUUCAUAAAUUUAUUUUUAAUAAUUCGAACUAAUAAGAAUUAUAUGAAAUUAGAGAAGAAGAAGAAGUUUGUUUUCUGUGAUUGUUUUUAUUCUAGAAGUUAGUCGGUCGAUCACAAGUUGUCAUCAUGAUUGAAAUAACUUGCAACGAUCGUUUGGGAAAGAAAGUAAGAGUGAAAUGUAAUCCCGACGAUACUGUGGGUGAUUUGAAAAAGCUUAUAGCAGCUCAGACUGGUACACGAUGGGACAAAAUUGUUUUGAAAAAAUGGUACACCACAUACAAAGAUCACAUUCAACUACAAGAUUAUGAAAUUCAUGAUGGGAUGAACAUUGAGUUAUACUACCAGUAAUUUUAAGAUUGACUUUGUAAUAUAUCAUUAAUUUAAGUUUCUAUAAAUAAAAUAUUGAAAUAUUCAAA